GUGGGAAGAAGCUGCCUUGUUCUGUUUUGAAGGGCAUCCAAGGUGUCUGGGACAGAGAGAACGUACACCACAGCACACUCCAGCAGCUCAGGAAGGAAGGAAGGUGCUGCUCUAGGUGAAAUGGAUGCCUAAAGAGGUCCUCUAAUAACUCAAAAAUAAGUUAAAAUGGAAUACAAAAACAUUUUCUUCAUAAUUCUGGGAUGCCUCUGUGCCUCAUUACCCACAAUUCAUGGGGCCAAGACAGGACGCAUCCUAAUGCUGCCUCUACAAACUCAGACUCACUUAGCCAUCUUUAAAUCCGUAGCACAGGAAUUAGCCCAAAGAGGCCACAAGGUGACUGUAGUGUUUAGCUCAGCUAAAGAAGUCCCAGAUGGCUUUAACAAGACUGGCAUGAGCAUCAUGAAGUACACAUCGUCUGCUCCUCACCUUAAGUGGGAGUCGGAGGAAUUCCAGAACCAUCUGACAUUUGCCUGCAUCUACAAUCCCAACGAGAUGUGGAAAACUAUGGAUAAGCUAACAGCUCUGUAUGUGGAAGAGGGUGAAGCCAUGCUGAAUGACCAAGCAUUCAGCGACAACAUCUUAAAGCAAAAAUUUGACCUUGCGAUAGUAUCGGGAGAUAUGGCUGCCAGGUUUCUUUAUAUCCUGCCAUAUCGUCUUAAUAUUCCCUACGUCUCCCUGGCUUCUGUUGUUGAUCCAUAUGUAGCUGGGUUACCAGUGCUGCCAUCUUUUGUCCCUAAUGUUUGGACCAGUCACACAGAGGAGAUGAACUUUCAGCAACGUCUGUCGAACACCCUAGACGACAUUCUUCUUAGUUUCACACACCCGCCAGCUCUCAAGGACACGCUGGUCCACAAACACGCUGUCAUGAAACCAUUUGUGACACUGCGAAAACUGGCCAUUGACUCCCAAGCAUGGCUCAUCAAUACAGACUAUCUCGUAGAUUACCACCUUCCCAGCAUGCCCAACACCAUCUAUGUGGGGGGUCUUACUACAAGACAGCCCAGAACCAUCAGCCCGCCAGCCCUUAAGAAGUAUUUGGAUGAUUCUACAGAAGGUGUAAUCAUUGUUUCGUUUGGUGCUGUUGCCAGUUACCUACCGCCCCUGGUGUCUGAGAAAUUGGUAAAUGCUUUAAAAGAUAUGAGGCCACUUAAGGUGUUGUGGGGAUUUGGUGGGAAACCCUCAGAGGUCCCCUUGCCAAAGAAUAUCAAGAUUGAGAAAUGGCUCCCACUGAAUGACGUCCUAGCUCAUCCGAAUGUUAAACUCUUUGUUACUAACUGCGGAGCUAAUGCGCAGUUCGAGUCUGUGUAUCAUGGCGUGCCAAUGUUAAAUCUACCAAUCACCAAUGAGCAGCAUUACAACGCGGCACGCUCUCAGUACAAAGGUCUGAGCAUCACCAUUGAUCUCCAUCAUUUCAAAACAGAGGAUCUCACUGCUGCCAUGAAACGUGUGAUAAAAGAGCCAAAGUUUAAAGACAACGUCAAGAUGGCCGGCACGAUAUUCAAAGCGAGGCAUGACAGGCCCACUGAGAGGGCCGCAGAGCUGACAGAACUAGUUAUUCAGUUUGGAGGCAAGCACCUGCGUUCAAACUUGAUGGAAAUGUCAGCGUAUGAAUACUACAUGGUGGAUGUGGUGUUUGUGCUCAUUUUUGUUAGCAUCAUAUGCGCUUUCUUGCUCAAGUGGCUCACUGGUGUAUUCUACAUAUUCCUUUGCUCUUUUCUAGCUUCUCAUGACAAAAAGUCUAAAUCAGAUUAGGGUUCUUUCAAGUGGCUGCUACAAGUGUUUCUUCAUUUAAUUAUUC